AUGGCAUGCGCACAAACGGGUUCUGGCAAGACUGCAGCUUUCCUUGUCCCAGUCAUCCAUUACAUCCUGAAGUAUGGCGUGUCGCCAGCUCGUAAUCGUGUUAGUUAUCCGAUUGCCGUCAUUAUGGCCCCCACGCGUGAGUUGGCGUUACAGAUAUACGACGAGGUGCGCAAGCUGACCUUCCGCACGGACAUCUUUUACGACGUGGUGUACGGUGGGACGCCGUAUCCUACCCGUUUCGAGAAUGAUAUCCUCGUUGCGUGCCCUGGCCGCUUAAAGGAUAUAUUUGAUCGCGGCAUUGUUUCUUUCAGCAAGGUGAAGUUCCUCGUCCUUGAUGAAGCCGAUCGCAUGUUGGAGAUGGGGUUUGAGGAGCAGAUUGAGUAUCUCGUCGCGUCACGCUACACAGACAUGCCGCAGGCCACUGACCGGCAGACGUUGAUGUUCAGCGCGACGUUCCCGCAGCGCAUCCUGAACCUCGCGAAGAGGUACCUACGCCAACAGUACUAUCUCCUCACUGUUGGUCGUGUCGGUUCAACAACAAAGAACAUCACUCAACGGAUUGAACGCGUGCAGGAGUCGGAGAAGGUGGACAAGUUGUUUGAGGUCAUUUACCAGCAGAAGCAGACUGAUUUGGUCCUGAUCUUCGUCGAGACAAAGCGCGCCGCGGAGGAUCUUCACUACGCUCUCAAGAAUGAAGGUAUCCCCAGCGCCACCAUUCACGGUGACCGCAAGCAGUUUGAUCGCGAACGGGCUCUGCGAGAUUUUAAGGAAGGCAUCACACCCAUUCUUGUUGCGACCGAUGUGGCCUCGCGUGGUCUCGACAUCCCGAAUGUCGCGCACGUCAUCCAGUACGAUCUCCCGAAGGAGAUGGACGACUACACCCACCGUAUCGGUCGUACCGGGCGUGCGGGGAACAAGGGCGUGGCUACCUCCUUCUACAACAAGAACAACCGCAACCUCGCCGUGGACAUGUACAACUACCUCAAGGAGCACGAGCAGGACGUGCCUGUGUGGUUUGAAGAGGAGAAGGACAUCGUCGAGGGCGACCGGUUCUUAGGCAUGAGCCGCGGCGGCGGCGGCAGGCGUGGUGGUGGCGGUGGUGGUGGUGGUGACAGCUACCGCGCGGCCCCAACGCUGUCGAACUCCACGUGGGGAGAGUCGGCGCCGUCGCGCGGUCGCAUGAGAGGCGCGGGUCGGCAGCAUGGUGCCUCCAACAUUGACGACGGCGGCUUUUGA